AAAAUCUUGAAUUCCGGAUUUUGGAAAGCUAAGAUCUUAAAAUGGGCCAAAAUCUACAAUUCUGGAUUUUGGAAAGCUAAAAUCUUGAAAUCGGCCAAAUUCUUGAAUUCCGGAUUUUGGAAAGCUAAAAUCUUGAACUCGGCCAAAACCUUGAAUUCUGGAUUUUGGAAAGUUAAAAUCGUAAAAUCGGCCAAAAUCUGGAAUUGAGGAUUUUGGAAAGCUGAAAUCUUCAAAUCGGCAAAAAUUUCGAAUUUAGGAUUUUGGAAAGGUAAAAUAUUGAAAUCGGCCAAAAUUCUUGAAUUGAGGAUUUUAAAAUCUUCAAAUCGGACAAAAUCUUAAAGUCAGGAUUUUAGAAAGUUAAAAUCUUGAGAUCGGCCGAAAUCUUAAAUUCAAGAUUUUCGAAAGCUAAACAAAAAUAUGGAAUUCAGGAGUUUGAAAGCUAAAAUCUUGAAAUCGGCCAACAUCUUGAAUUUAGAAUUUUGCAAUGCUAAAAUCUUGAAAUUGGCUAAAAUCUUGAAUUCAGGAUUUUUGACAGCUAAAAUCUUGAAAUCGGGCAAAAUCUUGAAUUCAGGAUUUUUAAAAGCUAAAAUCUUGAAAUCGGCCAAAAUCUUGAAUUCAGGAUUAUGGAAAGCUAAAAUAUUGAAAUCGGUUAAAAUGUUGAAUUUAAGAUUUUGGAAAGCUUAAAUCUUGAACUCGGCAAAAAAAUUGAAUUCAGGAUUUCGGAAAGCUAAAACCUUGAAAUCGGCCAAAAUCUUGAAUUCACGAUUUUGGAAAGCUAAAAUCUUUAAAUCGGCCAAAAUCUGGAACUCAGGAUUUUACAAAGCUAAAAUCUUAUAAUGGGCAAAAAUCUUGAAUUCAGGAUUAUGGAAACUUGAAUCUUGAAAUCGGUUAAAAUGGUGAAUUUAAGAUUUCUGAAAGCUAAAAUCUUGAACUCGGCAAAAAUCUUGAAUUCAGCAUUUUGGAAAGCUAAAAUCUUGCAAUCGGCCAAAAGCUCGAACUCAGGAUUUUAUAAAGCUAAAUCUUUAUAAUGCGCCAAAAUCUUAAAUUCAUUAUUUUGGAAAGCUAAAAUCUUAAAAUUGGCCAAAAUCAGGAAUUCAGGAUUUUGGAAACCUAAAAUCUUAAAAUCGGCAAAAAUCUCGAAGUCAGGAUUUUAUCAAUCUAAAAUCUUGUAAUGGGCCAAAAUCUUAAAUUCAGUAUUGUUGAAAGCUAAAAUCUUGAAUUCAGGAUUUUGGAAAGCUAAAACGUUGAAAUGUGCCAAGAUCUUAAAUUCAGGAUUAUGGAAAGCUAAAAUCUUCAAAUCCGCGAAAAUCUUGAAUUCAGGGUUAUGGAAACCUAAAAUCUUGAAAUGGGCCAAAAUUUGAAAUUCAGGAUUUUGGAAAGCUAACAACUUGAAGUUGGCCAAAAUCUUGAGUUCAGGAUUUUGGAAAGCUAAAACCUUGAAAUCGGCAAAAAUCUGGAAUUCAGGAUUUAAUAAAGCUAAAAUCUUGAAAUGGGCCAAAAUCUUUAAUUCAGGAUUUUGGAAAGCUAAAAUGUUCAAAUCUUAA